AGCCCUGAGGUGGAGCUGGAGGCGAGGCGCGCCCACGCUCGAUGCGAGGCUCCGAAAGUGCAGCUAGCUAUGGGAGCAGACCAGGUUGUACAUGACUUUAUCCAUCUGGGCCUUGAAAACUCCAAAAAAUGAAGAUUGCACAAUUCUGAAGAGCUGCUUCAAUGAAUGUUCUUCUGUGGAAAACGUUUUUCCCUAAAGCUGCUGGCCUACGCAGAUUCAUUGGUGAUCAGUGGCACAUGCAGAACAUCCUCAAAGACUCUGUGGAGAGCUCUGAUGAUGAGUUCUUUGAUGCUCGAGAAGAGGUGGUGGAAGGAAAAAGUGCUAUUCUCAUUGGCAUGAGCCAGUGGAACUCUAAUGACCUUGUUGAGCAGAUAGAAACAAUUGGGAAGCUGGAAGAAAAUCAAGGUGAAGAAUCUGUGUUUUGCUCAUCUGGCUUUCUACAGGAAAAGCAACGUGAAUUAUAUCAUGACUCUUUAAGAAAACAAAGGUUACCUGCACAAGGCAGUAUUGAAAUACAUGAAGACAACGAGGAAGUAGUUCAACACCAGAAAUGCAAAACUCGUGUGCUAAUUCUGAUCCUACAUGGAGGGAACAUCUUAGACACUGGGGGAGAGGAUCAUAGUAGCAAGCUGGCAGACAUCAACACCUUCAGUUCUGUCUUUGAGAAGGUGACCCAAGCCCAUUUCCCUGCUGCUUUGGGCCACAUCUUAAUCAGGCUUGUUCCCUGCCCAGCAAUCUGUUCAGCAGCCUUCUCUCUUGUUUCCAGCCUAAAUCCCUACAGCUAUGAUGAAAGCUGUCUCAGCAGCAGUGAAGACCACAUCCCACUGGCUGCUUUGCCCUUGCUGGCUGUUUCAUCCCCUCAGUACCAGGACGCAGUUGCCAUGGUGAUCAGUAGAGCAAACCAAGUUUACAAUGACUUUCUCAAAUCUGCAGAUGGAGUUGGCUUUAACGGGCAGGUAUGUCUCGUUGGUGACUGCAUUGGAGGCAUUUUGGGGUUUGAUGCCAUCUGCUGUAAUACUAGAACUGAUGAGAGUCAGAACAGUAGCAGGAGAGGAAGCGUCAGCAGCACCCAGGAUAAUCCCCUUUUAACAGAGGACUGCAGUCUGGGUGGCAGAAAGCAUCUGAGUAAAAGCAAUAUUGACAUCUCAGAAAUCAUGGACGAUGAGGAGCCAAGACAGCUGUUACCUAGGAAGCAGAGUGAUUCAUCCAGCUACAACUGUGAUACUAUAACACAUCAUCAUGCUUUCCUGUCUUGCAUCCACUCAAGUGUGUUGAAAGGUGACGCAGACUUUCUUCCUGUGAAUUCCAGUCUCUCAGAUGUAAACCUGGGCCGGUUUGAUUUUGAGGUGUCUGAUUUCUUCCUCUUUGGAUCACCGCUUGGUUUGGUGCUGGCCAUGAGGAGUACUGUUCUUCCGGGCCUGGAUGUUUGUCAGUUUCGGCCAGCCUGCAACCAAGUGUACAGUUUCUUUCACUCUGCUGACCCAUCUGCCUGCAGACUUGAACCAUUGUUGGAGAAAAGAUUUCAUCUCCUGCCUCCAUUCGGUGUCCCACGAUACCAGAGAUACCCACUGGGGGAUGGAAGAUCUCAUCAGUUAGGUGAUGCUAUUCAAAACUACAGUGCUCUGUUCCUUGAGAACAGCUCUUUGAACAUACCUCACUCUCAAGAGAGUUCUGAAUCUCCGAACACAUCUCAGAAGCAAGAGAGAAGGUUGAGCUUGGCCAGCACAAACAGUGAAAAUUCAGGGUCAGCAGAGAGCUUGUCAUCAGCAUGCCUCACCAGCAUUAAUGCCAAGUGGUGGGGAACAAAGCGGAUUGAUUAUGCCUUGUAUUGUCCAGAUGUCCUGACAGCAUUCCCUACGGUCGCCCUGCCACAUCUCUUCCACGCCAGCUACUGGGAAUCCACAGACGUUGUGGCAUUCAUUUUAAGACAGGUGAUGAGAUAUGAAAAUGUAAAUUUCAAAGAAAAUGAUAGCCUGGAUCCAGCAACACUGAGCCCAUCCAAUCCACGAGAAAAAUGGCUACGCAAAAGGACACAUGUCAAAUUGAGAAAUGUGACUGCUAAUCAUCGAGCAAAUGAUGUAAUUGCUGCAGAAGAUGGUCCUCAGGUACUUGUUGGGCGCUUUAUGUAUGGGCCUCUGGACAUGGUAGCUUUAACAGGUGAAAAGGUUGAUAUCUUCGUAAUGACUGAGCCAUCUUCUGGUAGGUGGGUGUAUUUUGACACAGAGAUAUCCAACAGCAGUGGCCGGAUAUCCUAUAGCAUACCCAAACAGAAGAGACUGAGAAUUGGUGUAUAUCCCAUCAAAAUGGUGGUCAGAGGGGACCAGAGCAGUGCCACAAGCUACCUGACUGUGCUUCCCCGAGGAAUGGAGUGUGUUGUGUUCAGCAUUGAUGGUUCAUUUGCAGCAAGUGUUUCAAUAAUGGGAAGUGACCCCAAAGUCCGAGCUGGGGCCGUCGAUGUGGUAAGACAUUGGCAGGACCUAGGAUAUCUGAUUAUCUAUAUUACUGGCCGUCCAGAUAUGCAAAAACAGCGUGUGGUUUCAUGGUUAUCUCAACACAACUUCCCUCAAGGAAUGAUCUUCUUCUCUGAUGGACUUGUUCAUGACCCACUGCGACAAAAGACUAUUUUUCUACGGAAUCUCAUGCAAGAGUGCCACAUCAAAAUCUGUGCUGCAUAUGGUUCAACAAAGGAUAUUUCCGUUUACAAUGUCUUGGCUCUGUCGCCAUCCCAGAUCUACAUAGUUGGACGAUCUACAAAGAAAUACCAGGCACAGUGUCAAUUCCUUAGUGAGGGUUAUGCAGCCCACUUGGCCUCACUGGAGUUCAGUCUUCAUUCACGAUCCAAAAAGAACAACUCUCGGAUGAUCUUGAGAAAGGGCAGCUUUGGCCUCCACUCUCAACCUGAAUUUUUGCGCAAGAGAAACCAUCUCCGCAGGACUAUGUCUGUACAGCAACCUGACCCACCUUCUGCAAACCCCAAACCAGAGCGUGCCCAGAGCCAGCCUGAGUCAGACAAAGAUCAUGACAGGCAUCUGCCUUCCAUUGCUUGGGUUAGGGGUGGAGUCCACAAAUUUGAGUCUGUUCCAUAGGAAGCCUGAGGCUGUAGAUUUUGGGUGUCCUCUAUUUAACUUGUAGUCAUGCCUCAAAGGUAUUAUUUAGGCUGCUUCAAACUCGGAGGUGUAGAGGGGAAACUGUCUUCCCUGCUCUGGAAAAUGUCUUCUUAUACCAACCAGGGAACUUUCAGUUUGUUCUCUUGAUGUUUUGGGAAAUUUUAAAACACUCUAAAACUAUCUCAAAUGCUUAAACAUUAAAGCAAACAGGAAAAAAGUAGUCUUCAGUUAUUUAGUUAUUUUUUACAACAGAUUCAAUAAAACGUACAAUAAGAGAAAAAGCUGCUACAGGCUUUUUACUUGAAAGAAGGAUUGUAGUAUCAGCUAACUAGCUGCACCCAGAACAAUAUAAACAGUAGGUCCUAUAGGUUACAGAGAAAGUUCACACUUAAACCAUUAGUUUCAUCUCUUGCCAGUUCACUUUUGAUAGUGAUACAUUUGUAAGGGAAGCAGAGGUGAGAGUACAAUAGUGGGUCAUCAGGAUCUGUACAGCAAGAUGAUUUUUGGGUGCCUUGAGUCCAGGAUUUCUUUUCAGCUUAUACUGUUGGUCAACAUACACUAAUAUAGGCACUCAUGCUGCAUAAGGUGCUGGACAUCAAGUAAAUAGAACUCUGCCUGCGAACCAAAUCAUAAACGCUUAAUGUUAGUAAUAAACAUCUCUGCCACAGUUUGAAGUAGUCAGUGUUGCUGUAUGCAAAGUGAUGUGCAGGUGUACAAAACAGUGUGAUUUUUGUGAAACUUGGUGACUGUGUAAAAUGUGUGAACUGUGUGUCUCUGACCAUUUCAGACUGAGACACAGAUUCUAAGAUGGAAGCCUUAAGGGAGCCUUUUUACUAAGGGGUCUGAGAUCUGCAGAGCAGUCACUUUUUCCAUUAUUCUGACUAGAAUCUUUAAUCUGCAGGAUAAAAAAUAAAUGCUAAUGGAGUAAAUCAUGUACCUUCUCAUGCUUUACAGCAAGUGCUCUGCUAAGACAAUCUAUAGCAAUCAAAGUUGCAGUAGUUGAGCUUCAAAGAAUGGAGGUGCCAAAUGUGUGUUUUCCUUCUUACUUCUUUUCGAUCUUUUUCUUACUAGAAGUAAAACGUGUGAAAUUUUCCGUAAGUGAUAAUAUUUCUAAACUAAAUGUUGUAGUUAGUUUAACAUAGCUGCAGUUUGCUGGUUCUUUAUGCAACUAUUUCCACCGUGCUAAAUUAAUGAUCAUAACUUUUAUGAUAGAACUGAUGUAUGUUUCAAAACCUGCAAUGAAGUUGCUACAGCACAAAACCAGUUUUCUUUUAAAGUUCAAAUCAAACUGUUUACCCUGAGAAAGCUUACAGUCAACACAUGACUUCUUAAGCUGUUUCUGUAUUUGUUUGACUUCCCUCCCUAAGUUUUUUAGCACUGGGAGAAGGAUGUUGUUAAUGAUUUCAAAGUCGGUACGUAAAACAGAGAAACAGUGCCAUGAAAAACUAUGAGGGUGGUGCAGAAGUAAGUCCAAUAAUUCCCAGUUCACACAAAAUUUUCAGUUUGCUUUUUGAAGGACAGCUUUGUGGCUUUUGUCUUAAGAGGCAACCAGAAAAAUAGUGUAUAAAUGAUGGUGAUUAGCAAGUUUCUGAGUUACGUAUUUCAAAUAUCCUGAAAGAUCUCUGGCACAUCAGUAGUUUUUUAUAAUGCUUCCUGUAAGGGAAGAGGAAAUUUUUUUGCUGAAAACUUAGGAAGAAUGUUAAGAUUUUAGUGGUUCAUGUUCAUUAGGAAGAGGUAACUUCUGUUACUGGAGCCUGGGGUUUUUAAUCUCUGCUGCCAAGGUAGCCAGCUGCAAAAGCUAAAUGAACUACACAGAAGCAGUCUUCGCGUUUACAUUUUUCACAGUAGUUUCACAGCCGUUCAAGCCAUAACUUUUAAGUAGUUUUCAGUGUUUUAUCAUGGUCCACUGUGUGUUUUUAUUCUGAUUGUGUCCAUUUCUUUCCUUAGCCUCUGCAGCUAGGAGGAGAUUGCACCAGGUAGACCAGAGAGCAUACUCCAUCUUCCUCCAGUCAGUUCACUGCUUGCAGAGGUGUCAGAGAAGAUGUUAGAGCAGGGAAGGCUUCUUAUCAUACUGAUGAGGUUUUCUUUCCUGCCGCUGAUCUAGGAAAGAAAAAAAGCAGGUAGCAAAAUGUACAUCUGAUGUUUAUAUCUGUGCUUCUUUCCUGUUAAGUAAAUCUUGCUUUAACAGACAGCAAAAAAAAAUUUUAAAAAAGGCAAUGCCCAGAGUACAUCCUCUGAAAAGACCAGCCCAGUGUCUGACCAAUACAUGGCUGAUAUAACAGAGCAGUCUUGGCAGCCUCCUAGGAAAACAAACAUUCUUUUUUCUUGUGUUUCCAUGACUGGCAGUUUUGACUCUUGCCAGAGCAUACCCAGUGGAAUAUAAGUAUUUUGAGCAUGCUCUUGGUUGUUGGUUUUAAAUAGGUGAAUGAAUUGAAGAGUGGAGAAAUGCAAAGAGCAAACUUGAAAUUUGCUUAGAGGACAUAAAGUCAACACUGACUGCAGAAUUUGAACUUAAUUUCUUAAGCACUGGGUGCUGGGUAGCAGUAUCCUCAUAGUAAUCACUAUACCUACUAGUAUUAGCAAAAUUAAUUCUGGUUUAGCGGUCUACCUCUAUCAUCCAAAAUCUAUUUGCUGAAUUAAGUUGCUAACUUAAAAAAAAACCUCCUUCCUUUCUAAAGAGAUCUGCGUGUAAUUCUGUGACUGUUGUUAAAAGACUACAUAUAAACACAAGGCUAGAUGAAUCUCCCAGGUUUAUUUUUUUUAGUCGCUGUGUUGGUUCUCUAUAUGUAUCUACAGUAUAUUAUGAGCUAAAAGUAGUAAAACAAGUGCUACUCUUUGUGCUUGAUUGAGAGUGGUAACAAUUCAGUCUCUAAAUGUCAUAUUGGAAUUCAGCUGGAAAUAUUUUCUCUGACUUUGUUUCCUAUGAGAGCUCACAUGUUCGUUUCAUCAUGCCAACACUACUCAGGGAUAGAAUGGUUUAUUGCCUGAUAGCAUGCCUCCAUCUGAGCACUCUGACAAACAAUGGUGCGGGCAUCGGUUUGGAAGGUAAGGCUUCAUGCUUGUUUGGAGCUUAUCUUCACAAACAUCAGAUGCUUUUCUUUUGAAAGCAUCAGCUAGCUGCCACUAAAUAGAACUUAUAGUCUUAUCUCCAACAAAAGACUAUGAAAGAGAUAGUAGUGACUCAGGCAUCUCACAGCUCAGUUGGCAGUUCAGUACUUUGCAGACAUGGUUAAGGAAUUCAAUUGCUUGGGCUUUUUUUUGGCCUUUUUCCCCCCAGUUACACUUAGGACAAUUUCUGAUGAAUCACCAGUUUUUUACAGCAUAUUUUUUUCAAUGCCAUUUUCUCCGGCAACAUUUGCUUCUAGUCAGUGCUUUAGUUUUAUGCUUUGUCUACAUAAAACCAUGCGGCCAUUCAUGGACAUUCAUUUUGUGUGGGGAUUACAGUUUCACUUCAGUUAUCACGGAGGGAUUAUCAGUCCUCCUAAGCCAGCCAUUCACUGAGGUUGAGCACGAUCCUACAGCCUUUCAGUUCUCUACUGGUUCCUCACCGCUGCAUUCUCUGUACGGGCAGCACUUUCUUUAACCUUAAAGGCUGUGGAAGUUCUGAAGCUUUUCCACAGAAAGGAAACAGACAGAGAAAGCUGCAUAUUACAGAGAAGCACUUACACUUACCUGCUGAAUAGAAGAAGCAGAAGUGAAACCGUGAAAUACAAAGCUGUUAUUUCAAUAAGUGCUGAAGCGGUAGAACAAGUGAAUACAAAGUAAGCCACACCUGAAAGCACUUACUUUACUUCUUUGAAUUGUUGAUGUAUAUCCAGUUUCAAAUUACUGUAUUAGACAAAAAGUAAAACCAACUGUGAUCAGUCGCCGUUUUAGACUUACCAAGAUUUAUCUGAGGUAUUGUGAAAACACACAUUUCCACUGUCACAUACGUUGUAUGUGUGUAACUAUUGAAAGCAACCUUAAGUGAUGUUUUGUUUCUUCUUUCACAGCAAAAUUGUAUUUUUUUUUUUUAAACAAUGACUGUGUUUAUUCAAUUAAAAAAAGUAUUUGCAUAUGCUGAUGCACUUGGAACAGAUUACACCUAUUUAGUUUUGUGGCAUGGUUUAUGUUUAUUCUGCAUAAAAAUUGUAUCAAGUGUAAAAUUGACACGGCAUUGAUCAUUGUUCUUGUUCCUUAGGGAUUCAUGAGAGUUGCUAUUCUGAUUUGUUGCACAUCACUUCUCUACUACGUAGGGAAGUCAUUUCUAAACAAAAUAAAAGCUUUUUACUCAUUAUGUAGAAGUGCAGAUACCACAGAGAAAUACACUUAAUACUUUCAUCUAUAAUUAAAAUAAAUGCAGCAACAUUUACCGUGAAGCUCCACCAUCUUGCAAAAUAGCCUCGCUUUGCUUUUGUUAGUGAACACAUUGUCUUAUUUGCACAUUGCAAGAUCAUGACACUGCUAAUAUGUGUUUUUAAGUCCCUGAUAGUUAAGGCUGUAGAAUUAUCAUGUAUUUCACAGUAUAAAUUCAGAAGGGAAAAAUGAAAUUCUUUAUUCGUUUCCUGUCCUAAAUGCAUUAAAAACUUCAUUUGAAAGCAUUUUUAAUUGUACCAGAAAACCAAAGGUAUUUUCAGCUUUUAUAAUUUGUAACUGCUGCAAUAAUUGUUACUGAACAGAUGGGAUUUUCCACAUUUUUCCUCCUUUUGCCUAUAAGCUACAGACAGUGAGUAUGUUAUCAAAGUACAAGACAAUCCCAGUGUGGACCCUUUCUUAAUAAGCUUGUUGGCUUAACAGUGGAGAGAAGAUGAGAUUGUGUGGAGUGCAGUUUCAUAGGUUUUUCUGGUUUCAGCUUGAAAUACAAGAUCUUAAAUCAAGAUUUCUGCAUUGAAGUGUUACUUUCAGUCAUUCAGGGGAGAAAGCAGCACUUUUCAUUCUCUUCUGGAGUUGGUAGGAGAUAGACAGAAUUCCCUAAGCGCAAACAUUUCCAGCUUUCUUCCUCAGCUUCUGUGAGAGCAGUGAUUAUUUAUGAUCUAUGUUCAUAGCAUCCAUAGAAAUUGUGGUUUUAACAAGGUAAUUUGACUUCAAUUCUAUUUAAUUGUUCAACUGUAACUUUAAGUUUCUAUUUAUGAUCCUAAAAUAAAAAAAAAGGAGGGGGGGGGGGGGGGGGGGGAAUAUGUGUGUGUGUGUAAUAACAUAAUAACACACCUUUCUGGAUGAAGAGAUCUCUUUUUCUUCAGAAACAGGAAAUGUCCCUGAGCAGCUAAAAUCCUGUGCCAUGGACUCUGUGAUCCAAGUAAGGUAUUGGUAUUCCCUCUCUCCUUCCUUUUAAAUUAAGCCCAAGGUAAUGGGAUUAAAGUUUUUCUAUUUUAAUUUAACCCAAUAAGCAACCUUUAAAAUAUCAUAUCCUUGUUGGGAGGGUGGAGGAGCAUGAAGGAAAUUUUGGCAGAUUAAUUUAUAAGGUUGUAUAGAACUCAAGUGGAGGAGGAGAGGGGGAAGGAGAGGAAGAAACAGGUUUACAGUGAUCUGCUGAGAUGGGUUAACAGAGAUUACUAUGAAACUUAACACUUGUAGCCUCUAAGGGUUAGCAGUUCCGGGACCUCUGGUGUGGAGGCCAGAAUGGCAGCCCUCUCACAGAACCCCAAGCUGUUUCCAUAUUUUUCUAUUUGUUGGGGAGGGGAAAGGAUGGUCCACUUAGAACUGAAUUCCUAUAAGUAAACUUGAAAUUGUACAUUUUCUUUCAGUCUAUAGUUUUAUUGAGUGUAAACUUUUAAAUAUUGUUUGUCAGUGGGAAGGUUCUAUCUUGUGACAAAUGUUUAUAUUUCUUAUGGCUGCCUUGUAAAGAUUCAAAAAUGUACAAUAAUGCAUUUCUUAAUAUGAAAUAAGGAGUAAGAUUUCUACAACUCGUAUAGAUUUUGAUGUGAGCUGGUUUUUAAAAUCUUAAAUUAAUCAAAUAAAACCUUCCUUGCCUUUAAGCAAA